AUGGCGAGGCCGACGGCGACGGCGACGAGGGCGAGGCGGACGGCGGCGGCGGAGACGGUGAUGCAGAUGGUGGAGGUGACGACGGUGAGGCGGAGGGUGUCGGUGACGACGGCGAGGCGGAUCGGAGGCGGCGGCGAGGGCGAUGUGGACGGCGGCGGCGGCGACGGCGAGGCGGACGGCGGCGGCGGAGACGGUGAGGUGGAUGGAGGAGGUGGCGACGGUGAGGCGGAGGGAGGCGGUGGCGACGGCGAGGCGGACGGCGGCGGUGGCGAGGGCGAGGCGGACGGCGGCGGCGGAGACGGUGGCGGCGGCGAGGGCGAGGCGGACGGCGGCGGCGGCGAGGGCGAGGCGGACGGCGGCGGCGGAGAUGGUGAGGCAGAUGGAGGCGGUGGCGACGGUGAGGCGGAGGGAGGCGGUGGCGAGGGCGAGGCGGACGGCGGCGGCGGCGAGGGCGAGGCGGACGGAGGAGGUGGCGACGGUGAGGCGGAGGGAGGCGGCGAGGGCGAGGCGGAAGGAGGCGGCGGCGAGCGCGAGGCGGACGGCGGCGGCGAGGGCGGAGGCGGCGAGGGCGGUGGUGACGGAGGCGGAGGCGAGGGAGGCGGCGGCGAGGGUGGUUGCGGCGAGGGCGGUGGUGGAGAGGGCGGCGGUGGGGAGGGCGGCGGCGGGCUCGGGGGCUCUGGCACCGAGCUGCUCAGGCCCCGCGGUCUGAGCCGCGGUGAGGCGGGCAG